ACGAGGCAGAAGUGGAAUCGCGCCGCCAUUUUGGUGAGAAUAUUUCCGUGGAUGGAGGGUUGUGGUCUGCGUCGUCACAACUCAACAAGAAUUCGGUCACAUAUUUCCCGAAAUUCCGCUGCGUCUGCGGUUCCAGAGUUCGCUGGGGAGUGAGUGAUACACCAAGUGUACCUAGCUCUUCCUGACACCAGAAGACGCCAGCACCAGGGUACUGACAGUGGAACGGACAGACAGGGAAGAUCAUGUCGUUCGGUCCCCCCAUGAACCGCCCUCCUGGCAUGGGCAUGCCCCCCAUGCCCCCUGGUAUGCCUCCGCCAGCUCAUUUUGGAUUUAAUCCGCUGCCUCCAGAUCAGAGGCUGAGGGGGGUCAUCAGCCCUGGUGUCUCAUCUCACGCCAUGUUGCCCCUUGCAGGUUCUCCCCACAUCGUAACCGCUAGCGGCGCCAUCAGACCGAUGGCUUUACAGGCCAUACGUCCAGGUCCUCCAAUGGUUGCGCCAAUGGGCAUGGUGCCUGGAGCACCCACCCUUCUCCCAAGGCCAGCCAUGCCUGUCAUGCCCAAACCUGUCCAACAGCCACAGCAGAUAGACAAGAAAGAGGCAGACAAGAAGGAUGAAAAAGCAAAGGAGUCUGAUGGUGAGGAGGAGGAGGGGGAGGCUCUACCCUCCACCACCGUGUUUGUGGGGAACAUCACAGACAGGGCCACCGACGUGCUCAUCAGGCAGAUGCUUAUGAAAUGUGGAACUGUCCUGAGCUGGAAGAGAGUCCAGGGGGCCACCGGGAAGCUGCAAGGUACUACCAAAUCGUUCGGGUUCUGUGAGUACGCGGAGCCGGAGUCGACCCUGCGGGCGCUGCGGCUGCUCCACGACUGGCAGCUGGGAGACAAGAAGCUCCUUGUGAAGGUGGACGCCAAGACUCGGGCCGUGCUGGACGAGUACAUGGGGAAGAAGAAGGCUGCGAAGGGAACCUCAGGGGACAAGGACUCAGAUGAACUUGAUGAGGACACCAUAAGGCAGGACAACUUUGCCAUGGAGCAGCUUGAGCAGCUGAAGAGAGAACACAACACAGAGCUGAACACACCCAUCCCUGAUGACAGACCAAGCAAAGGGAAGAAGGAAGGGCUGCUUGGAGACAAGCCUAAAGCUAAGCAGAAGAAGGAGGACAAGAAAGAAGAGGCAAUAGAUGACCUUGAGGACAUGGAGGUUGACGAGGAGAAACGUAAUCUGAUCACCAAAGAGAUCCGCAGUUUCCGAGAAGCCCACAAGAUGACAUUUGGAGACAAAAGCAAGGAGCAGCUCUCUGUCUGCCCAAAGUGUAUUGCUGUGUCUUUUAUGCCUAACAGUAGCAGCCGCCGGGAACGGGACAGACUGGACCGCGAGCGGGAGUAUGACCGAGAACGCCGUGAGCGUGACCGGGAAAAGGAACGGGAGGAGGAGGAAGAAGCGUACGAGCGGCGCAAACUGGAGAGAAAGCUUCGGGAGAAGGAGCUGGCCUACCAGGAGCGGCUGAAGGCCUGGGAGACUCGGGAGAGACGGAAAACUCGGGAGUACGACAAGGAGAAUGAGAGAGAAGAGGACAGGAAGAAAGAAAUGAUCAAAGAAGCCAAGCGACUGAAGGAGUUCCUAGAAGACUAUGAUGACGAGAGAGACGACCCAAAAUACUACAACCUUCUGUUAUCCCAGUUGGAAAGGGAGACAGAGAAGCACAAAGAGCCGCAGCUGAAAACUGAACCUCCCGAGCCGUCGCCACGAGAGACCAAACCUCACCUGGAACCAACACUCAAACCUGCAUUCCCACCCAUACAGGUGAAGGCAGCUCCUUCGGUGUCCUCCCAGGACUCCCCCAUGGCAGCGUCAGGAGGAGAGUCCCCGGCCGGAAUCAUCUUCCCCUCCGCCCCCAAACCCGAGUCUCCCCCAGACGAGUCAUCUCAGGACAGCUUCGCCCCCGUACAGGGGCCAGAACCCCCGCCCGCCAACCAGAAACCAAAGAUCGGGUUCGGCCUCAAGUUCGUUGCCGCUCCGGCCACCAGCAGCCCUGCACAGGCCCCGCCCAAGAGGAAGAUCCCCAUCGGCCAGGUGUUCAGCAACGAUGAUGAAGACGGGGCGGACGACGGCCCCAAGAAGCGAAAGCUGAUCCCCCUGGAGUACACGGAGGAGGAGAAGCUGGCCGUGAGCCACGUGCCGACCGCCAUGUCCUCGACCGAGGAGAAGAGGAAGAGCAUCAAGAACCUGAUCGAGAAGAUCCCCACCGCCAAGGACGAGCUGUUCGCCUACAGCCUUGACUGGUCGCAGGUCGAUCAGGGGCUGAUGGAGAAGAGAGUCAAGCCCUGGAUCAACAAGAAGAUUGUAGAAUACAUUGGAGAGGAGGAGCCCACACUUACUGAGUUCAUCUGUCAAAAGGUGAUGGCCCACAGUGUCCCCAAGAGCAUUCUCGAAGAUGUUGCAAUGGUUUUGGAUGAAGAGGCGGAAGUGUUCGUUGUCAAAAUGUGGAGGCUACUCAUCUACGAAACAGAGGCAAAGAAACACGGCCUCGUAAAGUAGCUACGACAAGACGGGCGGUAGAAUAUUUUAGAAUCCGACAUGUAAAUAUAAUGAUACAAAAUGGGUUACAUUUACUUUUCCAAGGCUUUGUAGACUAACUUUGAUUGGCAUGUAAAAUAGCAGUACUCCCUACCAACCACUCUGGAACUAUUUGCUUUUAUUGUAGGAAAUAAAAAUGUCAGAUGUGUAGCAAAAGACGUUCAAAAUUCCCCAUUUGUAUUAGGCAUGGGGGAUAUACUGAGGAUACAAAAUAGCCUCGUGGCCAUCUGCAAAAUAUUUUUGUGUUCAAAAACUUCCUUCUGUUGUUAGCGAGGUCAAACCUAGAUCAUCCUGACUGCUCCUUACCAAAACGUCACUUGCAGGUAAACCUUGAGGAUCUGCCCAGUGGGACUUUGGAAGGGUAAAAUUGGCACCCAAAGAAGGCAAGUGGUAGUAAAAUUUGUCGGCCUUCCAAAUUGUGCAUGCAUCAUAACAUGACAGAGUUACCAGACCAUGCACAGGAACAUUCACACCUAAGAGUGACGGAGAGCUUGUGUACUAUGUUAGUUUCAGGCCCCUGUAAUAUACCAAUGGCCUUUCUGACCAGAAAUCGGCUCGGAUCAAAAUACUACCGGGUAGUACAUUGUAUGCCUGCAGUACCAUACCCAGCAGAUAGGAGGCUCUGCCUGCACAUUGUGAUCAUUCAUGUACAUACUCCAGACUACUAGUAUAUGGAGACCCUCAAUUAUGAUGGUCUGUCCUUUUAAACUGUUUACUUUCCUCUCAAAGAGUCUAGUCUGAAAAUGGCAGAGCUCUGUAGCUAAUGCUGUAGCAGCAGAAAUUAGGUACAAAUGUAAUACAAGUACAACAUGUACACACAAGCAUGUCAGCAGAACGCACUGCACCUGCGCGAAACCCGUAAUGUAUUGUACAUAGCACUUCGACAGAACGUCUCAUUUAAGGCUGUACUAGCUCAUAUAAGGUUAACAUCCCGUCUGUAGUUUCCAAAUGUUAUGUAGGAAAAGAUAUCCUUUGCAACAGGCAAAAUUCUGAUGCAACGUUGACCAAAAAUCCACCGAAAAUCAUGAAAAUACAGGGUUCUGCGUAGGCGCAGUGCGUUCUGCCGACGUGCUGUACACACACAUGUACAAUCUGUAACAUAUUCGGACAUUACUAUAGGGUGUCGAGUUUAGCUCAGGAUGGCAUCCUCUUAGGUCAUACAUGUACAUGUUAGAACCAACAUAAAUAGGAAAAAAAAGAUUGCAAUAAAAGUUUACAGACUCUACAACAAUGUCUCAAGGGGUCAGGGUUUCUUUUCUUCAGGACAAUAUACGCGGAAGUGGAAACAAUCUAGUCUCCACCAGACCAACAACGUGGGUUCAAAAACAGUAAGAUUUAACGGAAUAGGGAGACUAAUUGGCCAGGGGAGUUUGACCACCGACUCUCCUGGCCAAUUCAAAUUCUACGAUCCGUACCCCCGUAGAAAGGCCUGGUGGAGGCUGGAAGCCAUCAAAAGAAACGGUCUGAGACACCCUUACGGCUAUGUACGAGCAUCUCCACUACCAAAGUUACUGUGCUGGUGACGCUAACAGUAAGGCAGUGUCCACUAUGUGGAGCAGAAUGAGAUGUAUGUAAAGUGGAGGAAUCCAGUAUUAAACUCUGCAGUUUA